GAUUCUGAAUAACAUCACCUUCAUCUUCAUAAGACUGAAUCUUCAAGGCUGCUCUUGAUGCCUUGAAACUCUGAUCUCAUUUGGGAAUACAUAUCUUGUACACCAAAAGUGACCCAAAAUAAUACAAUACCAGAGAGAAAAAUUCAUUUGAGGAGCAAGUUUUUCUUUCAAGGCUUUUACCAUUUUGUUUUGUUUUGCUUUAUAACAUAUUUAAACAUGUUUAAUUAAUUUCCUUGACUAAUCACAUGAGAUGAUUAUCUUGUCCUUAAUAGUGUCAGAGCUCAGAGCUCUGAGGGCUAUGUCAAAGUUCAAGUGAUAGUUCAAGCGUUGGGAGUCCCAGUGCACAGUACUCAUUUGCUCUGAGUGGUACUUGCUCCCCCAAGUGGUUUCUUGGGUCAGUAGGACCAGUCACAUGCAUACUCAACUUGAAAACUCGUUGCACAAUUGGGACCAGAGAGUUAAGAAAAUAAAUGGUAAGUAAUUUGGUUUUGUGUGUGUGUGUAUUUAAUUCAAUUUCACCAAGAAUAGGUACCCUGCAGCUACCAAAUUUGAUAGCAAGUGUCACGCAGUACUUUCUUUUAGGGCGUAAAGCAAAUGUUUAUUGUACUAAAUACAACAUGCUUGACUAGGUGUACAACACAGGAACCAACAUGUUGAUUUCAAUUUGUUCUGCAUAUCAGUGGAGGGUCUAAUCCUUUCACAACGCUAUCUAGCCACAACCAUUUUUUCAUUAAUCAUUACGUUUCAAUGGGGAACACUGAAGGGUGUUUUCUCAGAUUAUACUGAAGUAAAAGGCUAACGUCAUGGUCUGUUUAUCUUCAUACUUAACAUAGCAUAAUUAUUUUAUAUUUUUUUCAUUCAGCUAGGACUCGUACCUUGACUUUUUUAAACAUUGGCAGUUCUGUUUUCAUUGUUAAGGAUGUUGACUUAACAAAGUAUAAAAUAGGAAUCUGGGUAUGUGAGAGCAACAUAUUUAAAGUCCUGCUUCCUUUUCUCCUGCAGCAGACCAAUAUUCAACUGACUACUUGCAGUAAAAUAUCAGAAAAUUUGAAAUAAAAUAAAUGCUAGACUUCAUGCUAUAAUGACUGAAGACCUUUCUCAAAACAAUGAAGGAAGUCCAUUCAUCCAUACUGUAGGAGGAGAAGAAAGAAAAGUGGUUCAGCGGAUUCCACCACAAAUUUCCAGCUCUCAUAUAUGCACCAAAAAUGGUCUUUCUGUGCAUGACGAUGAAGGAAGAUUUCUGGAAAAACCACCCCUAUCUUACAUAGCCUUAAUUGCAAAGGCAAUUCUUUCUUCCCCUACAAAUAAAUUGAAUUUAGCUGCUAUCUACAGAUAUAUUGAAGAUAACUUUCCUUUCUACAGGAACAAAAGUCAAGGCUGGAGAAACAGUGUAAGGCACAACCUUUCACUAAAUGAUUGUUUCAUCAAAGUGGGGAGAUGUGAGGAUGGGAAGGGGAACUACUGGAGCAUCCACCCAUCAAACUUAAAUGACUUUGUUCAUGGGGACUUCAGGCAACAUCGACGGUCACGAAAGCGAGGACGUCAAAAGGAGCUAGAGCAUUGCCUUACUAUGAAUAAUUUCAUGCCAUGGGGACACUAUCCCUCCUACCCAGCACCGAGUUUCUUUUACCAAACACAUUAUUUCCUGGAUCCUCUGUGGAAAAUAUUGUAUGCUGACAGAUGGCAGUUUAUGCUUGAAUACCAAAAAUGGAAUGCAAACAGUGAUUUAAUCAUGGGAAAGUUUUUACCUCCACUACAGCCUAAUAAACUACAGAGCGUUUCUGUGGACUGGUUUUAUGGAUCUCCUGCUACUUCAGCAAUGCAGCAGAAUAUUUUCCUAAAUAUUCAACAGGCAUUGCCUAAUUCUGUUUUCUUCUCUUCGUAGAAGUUGCAGCGAAGUUAAGCAUUCAGACACAUCUGUAAGUACUAGAAAGUACUUGAAGUGCAGUAAUUUCAUGGGCAGCUCUGUCUGGGACCCUGUCAAGAUACAAUAUAUUAAUAUAUAUUGCACCGUUUUGAAUGUUUGUAUAUGUUUAAGAUAGCAAAUGAGCUUACUUAGUCAUGUAAGCCAGUGAUUACCAAUGAUGGCUACCUAAGAAUAUUAGCUUUGAAAUGAUAACAAUUAAUACCGGUUUUAAGAAUUCUACUAGUCAAUGACAGGGCAUAUAUUAUGAAGUAUGAAUAAAUCCAUUAGCACUCAUUGCCCAAUAAAAUUAUUUUUAAUUGUCCUGUAUUAAUCAUAUUGUUGUAUACUGCAGCUCUAUUAGUUUCCAAUUAGAUUGUAUGCAUGCAUAUGUAUAACUAUAUACUCAAACAUGCACACCCAUACAUUACAUUUAUAUCAUAUUGAAUAGGAAGCACUAAUAGAUUUUUCCUUUGUCAAUUGUGAAUGUCUUGGAAAUGCUACCUGUCACCUAUCACACGGUUGGAAAUACUAAGUGAGUUAUUCUUCUAAUCUUUUAAUUUUCUACAUUGGUUGGGACUCACUCGUCACUAUUAUUUCCAACAUAUUGUAUUGAUCCAAGAAUCAAUGUACAUUAAUAUAUUUUAAAAAUUAAAUGUAUACUUACUUCUGUUUGAAUAAAUGUUCAAAUCAAUAAA